AUGUCCUCCAAGCCUUUGUUUUCGUCUCUGCCAAGUACAGGAAGGGCUACAACAAGGAGUAUGACUAGAAACCAAAAUCAUAAUGAUAAUGAUGAUGAUGAUGCGUCCUCAUCUAGCAAGAAGAGGAAGAGAUUCAAGACUUGUGACAAUGGUGGUGGGGAACAUUGGUCGGAUCUUAACCAUCAUAUGCUUUGUAUAGUUAUGAUGCAACCACUAGUACAAAAGCACAUAUCUUAUCAUCAAAUGGAUCCUAAUGAAACUUUUCAAGGCGGUCUUGUUGAUAUGUUAUCUGCGAAUCCACAACAAAUUGAUAUAAAUGCUUCCGAUGAAUUAGAAGCAAGUACAUUUGUUGAUCCUGAUGUGGAACUUGCCAUGACCAAAAUAGAGAAAAAAAGUUUUAAAAUUCAACCAUAUGUUUUUCGAAUAUUAGAGUUGUUUGGGGAUAGACAUGGCAUCGAUAUUUUUUCACCCCAAGGGAUGUAUCCCGGCAUUGUUAAACUUGGCAUCCCAUUAACGGAGGUGUUACAACUAUUCUUAAGGGGUUGGCUCGAUGUUAGCAUAUUACAUUGGUUUGCAAUACAUUUUUUUAGGUCGCCCAAUUCUAAAUGUGCUUUCUUUGAUCCUGACUGCAUCAAAGAAUUAGAUUGCCGGUUAAAAGAGACGGCCGUUAUUGAGCACAUCAAAGAAAUAUGCUCGUUUCAUGUAAACAAAACAUAUUUUCUUGCUCCAUAUUUACAGAGUGAACAUUGGGUGCUUUUUAUCCUUUGUCCGAAUAGCGGAUCCGCGUAUAUUCUUGAUUCCUUAAAUGGUGAAAAGACAAAGGAUAACUACCUCCUUCCAUCUAUAAUUGAUAAAAUUUUCCCUAAUACAUUUAAAUGGAUAAUGGGAAAGUGCAACAAGCAAAGAAAAAACUGGGAAUGUGGAUAUAUGGUGAUAAAACAUAUGCGUGAGUUUGUUGAGACCAUUCAACAUAAUUUUGAAGAUACAAUUUGGAGAAACAAAAAGAUUGUUGCGGCUAACGAACUUGAAAAUACAGUCUUAAAAAUAAUACCGCAUUUAGUUAACGAGUUGAACAGCAACGUAUUUGGAACCGAAUCGGUUUGUAAGAAGUAUGGAACCAAUCAUGGAACCAGGAAGAUGGAGAAGAUGAUUGAACUCGAAUUUGGUUCCACUUCAUUGAUCAUCAAGCUUUGGUUCCAGAAUCGAAGUAUCAAGAAGUUCUUUCAAGCUUCACGUGCAAAACAAGCCAGUUCGGGAAUCUGUCAUCCAGCAGCUGGGGUUGUGUUUGCGGGACUUCAGCAGUGUGAGGUACUCGUUUUCAAAGGAAAGGAGUUGGCUUGA